AUGCUGCCCCUCACCCUGCUCAACGCCGCAAAGGGGCGCGCCAUGCUCGUCGAGCUCAAGAGCGGCGAGACGUUCAACGGCACCCUCGACCUGUGCGACAACUUCAUGAACCUGACGCUGCGCGACGUCUACCAGACCAGCAGUUCGGGAGAGCAGUUCUGGAAGCUCAAGGAGUGCUACAUCCGCGGCAGCAAUAUCAAGUACUGCCGCGUCGUCGACUCGCUCGUCGACACGGUGCGCGAGCAGGAGGAGGCGGCACGCAAGGCACGGCAGGCGCAGGGCGCCCAGGGCGGCGGCGGCGGCGGAGCCGGCGGUCCGGGCGCGCGCGGAGGAGCUCGUGGCGGGCGUGUAGGCGGAGAGCGGGGCGGGCGAGGAGGAGGACGAGGAGGCGAGCGUGGCAGAGGCAGGGGCCGCGGACGGGGCGAGUGA